AUGCUGAACCAGUUCCACGGCGGGAGGAAGGCCAACGCUGAGGGAAAGAUGAAAGGAAACAUUGUGGGGAAACUUGGUUUUUAUGCUUGUUCGACGUCUUGUGCGGUACACGUCUUUGGAGUUGCACUAUAUCCGGUAGUGGGACUAAAGUCGCCAGGGGGUGGAACGAGCCCCGAACUUGCCUCAGAUGCUGUGGACGUGCGAGGCUCCGGCAGGAGUUUGAAGAGAUGCUGUCAGAUCCACGUCAAGUUGAAAAUCCCUCCUGAUGCAAAUUCCGAAGGUAGAUAUGUCCAUCUCGAAGGUGGAAUUAGACAUCCAGGUGGUAGCGAGGGAGCGCGUGGUUCCCAGACUAAGCCCAAGGAUCUACAAGCUCUCAAGGCUGACGCGACGACGAAGCAGGAGGCACUUGAGCGACUUUUCGAAACACUCCAGCAGCAAGUUAAGGAUAGCGAGGCAAAGGAUAAUGACCUCGAGCAGUUCAUGAACAAGGACCAUGCUGACCCCGGUUCGGGUGUCCUUGGGCACAACAUCCUUGCCGUGUCAGGGAGGUCCUUGGCCAGUGGUUUGAGUACGGACGCAUUAUAUUGGCAAAAUCAGAUGCCUAGAAAGCGGCCUCAGAACACCGAUGAGAUAGAUUCACCAGCUGAUCUCGUGCAAAACCAACGCAUUUGCGUAGUGAAGAAAUUCCUUGGUUCGAACCUAUACGAAUGUUGGGAUGGAGAGGCUACGCUUUCUAUCGAGUUGCCACCACGUUUUCGCAAAUCGAUCUGGAUGAGAAGAGGGAGUUCUGUUGUAGUGACUUUGUUUGAAACUACCGAGGAGACAUCGUCGUCCAAGCUAGACGGAGAAAUAGCUGUCGUUUUACAACCAGAUCAGAUAAAAUCCUGGAAGAAACGAGGGCUUUGGCCCGCUUGUCUAGACCCAAAGGUGGAGGGGCCUGAGGAUGAACUUGAUAACAAGUCUGAAGCCAGCGAAGGCGCGACGCUACCAGAUCCUGAGAUCGAUGAAGGGUCAUUAUCAUAG